AUCGAAAUGUCUUCAUUCACCAUUAUGCCUACAGACGAGUAUAUCGCGUCUUUGAAUAUCCCUAACUUCAGAUUUGAUUACGAAGAUGAGGACCAGUUACGGAUACAUCUGAUGUGCGCAAUGCUUUGCUGUCCAAAGCAGGUCGACGAAGAUGGAUGCAUAAGAGCGGAUCUGGUUAAUAGAAAUGCUGAAGAAAUUACUGGAGGGUUCAUGGAUCUAUAUACUAUUGGAAGGAAAGCCACUAAAGAAGACGAAAACGAAUUCAAAAAGAUCACAAUGAACCUUGAGAGACUGUUUCAACAUCCCAUGUUCUCAAAAAUUGUGACAAUGGACGGUCAGGCUAAGUUUCACGCGGUACCUCCGGAGCCGAUACGAGGAUUGUAUGAAAAGAUAAUUCGAGGUGGGAGGCAGUUAAGAUGGAGAGAGGGGCAGAAGAUGUCACAAAAAGAGAGGGAAGCUAAUACACCAGAAGCCGUUUAUAUAUCUAAAGUGGCAUGCAACUUCUUAAUGGAGUUGAUUGAAAAGGAGCGUCAGCACAGAGGACUUCGCAUGGUUGAAUGGCAGUCGAUCCAAAAGCGUUACUGCGAGAUGGUUACCAAUCCUGACAGUGAAGACAAAGAACUUAUGGAGUUUUAUAAGGAGAAGUACGGCAUGGACUUCAGCUCGCAUUCUCUGAAUGGUGAUGUUAUAAAGCGCUGGACUACCAGGAGCCAAGUUAUGAAAGGGCUAACGAUGCCGCUAUUUCGUCCAAUCCACCUUGAAAAGAGGGGUGAAAUUAUCUUUGUGGGCUUCAACGAUGACGCUGUCUUGUACAGUGAUGAAGAGCUGCAAAGAGAUAAAGAAUUAUGGCAAAUGGGUGCUCGACCGAAAGAAAGGAGAUAUGAGAGGGAGCGACCUAAGCCUGUUGAACCAAAUAGAAUCGAACCGUUCCUACCUUCCGAUCCUAGCCAAUCUCCCUUUGCCAAAAAAGCUGAACCACGACAAAUGCCUCGGCAACAAUUCAAACCUGAACGGGUAAGCAUUUAUGAUGGUGUUGAGCCAGAAUACACUCCAAAGUCUGCUGCUCCUCAAGAUGAUGUUCCUGAUAGUGACUCCGAUUCAGACGAUCUUAUGAAUGAAACCGGUGUCUACUCAGAUGAAGAGAGACCACCAAAUAAGGAAGAAUCGAAAACACGAGAGAGUGAGUUUGGCGCCACCAACGAUUGGAAGUCGAAACAGCCGGCCCCAGCGCCGAAGCCUAAUCUUCAUUCAUCGACCUCGAACCGAUUAGGCGACGGGCCUCCACCACAGUCUCCUUCAAUGAUGCGGCAGCCUGCAAAUAUCGGUGGUAUGCCACAGUCCUGUCCAAAUCGAUGGGAAAUGCUUAAUAACGAAAUGCCCGAAGUGGUUAAACCGGCAGCAAGGUACGAACGGCCAUCGUCUUCAGUACCCCAUGCCCCUGUCAAAACGGAAUCGUCGUCGAACGCUUUUGCACAACCACCACCUUCUUCGGUUCCACGUCAUCGCUCUGCUUUCGAAGCUUGCAAAUCUAAUACCGGCACUCAGGAGGUGAGGAACGAGUCAAGGCAGCUUCGGGAGAAUGACGUUCCCCUCGACAGGGAUACAAGAAGUCAAACAAGAAAUCAAUAUGACCGCAGGGUUAAUGAUGAGUCACAACAAAGUCAACACGAACGUAUAAGAGACAACGAAUUCCAACAGGAUCGAGAUGAAUAUCGUAGAGAUGAUGGCCCUUUUUCAUCACGUCAGGGAUCAUCUGGAAGAGAAAGCCGUAUUCGCGAAGAGCAGAACUUUCGAUAUCGUACAGACCGACACGCUGACAAUGGCUAUUAUGAUGCUCGUGAACCAUCGCGAAAUAGCCGUCCAACAACUGAAAGUGGUCGAAAUCUACCCUAUCCAGACCUUCCACCGGGGUCGGUAUUCAACCGAAUUUUCGACGAAAGCUGUAUACGACGUCCUCAACAUCGGGUAUCUUCUCGAAAUACGGUGACUGGGGAAAUGUCUCCCCCAAUUUCACAACGCUUUGGCUAUGAUAAUACCAACAGUCGGGCCUACGCAGAUAACGAGCGCACACUUGAAAGUUCCAGCCGGCAACGGAAUGAGUCGCGCGACUAUGAUCGACGAGAAGACCGUAACAACUGUCGAGAUUCCAGCUAUCCAGCCCACGUUGACCGUGAGACGGAACAUGAUUCGAGGAAAUCGAGCGUUUCGAACAGGCAAGACAGUCGUCUUCAAAAUGUGCAAGCUCCUGUGAAUAACGUUAAUGAAGCGAGUGACUCGUUUAGGCGUCUAAACCAGAGUAGUGCACUGUCGUCACUACAAAGCUUGGAACCGGAUGAGCAAGCUUGCUUACGUAUGAUUCGAGACUUCGCUUUCGUUCAUCGAAAUGUCAUCAGUUCCGGUUUUCGACCGCUGGGAAGUGUGCUCAGUCUGUUUCCUACCAGCCAUGAUGUUGACUACUGGGUACAACAAAUUCGUGCACAUCUUCCAGAAGUCGAGGUGGUACCAUUUCGGGACACGUUUGUCGUGGUCUGGAAAGAAGGAGCCAGUUCCAAUUAG